AUGGAUACUCAGCAAGCUUUAAUCCUCAAAGAGGUCCAGAGGCCACUUGUGCUGGACAGGCGACCAAUACCCCAGCCUAAAGGAAACCAAGUUCUGGUUAGAAUCAUUGCUGCCGGAAUUAACCCGCAUGACCAAAAGGGUCGUGAUCGAGGGUUACUUGUGGAUAAGUACCUACCUCAAGCAAUUCUAGCGAAUGAUAUCAGCGGUAUUGUCGAGAAAAUUGGACCAGAGGUCAAAAGGUUUUCUGUUGGAGAUAGAAUCUUCGGGCAGUCCAAUAUUCUCUCUGGAGGUCCUGACCAAGCUGGACUGCAGCAGUUCUGUAUCCUAGACGCGGAUUUUGCUGCUCCCAUACCAUGUCACCUUAGCUUUGACCAGGCAGCGACAUUCCCUGUCAAUGCUAUUGCGAGCUUUAUCGCUCUAUUUGAUUCAUCGGGGUUAGAUUUAGCGCCAAAGUUUCUGGGUCGUGGUUCAGACUACGCGAACAAAGCAAUUGUCAUCAUCGGAGGAUCUUCCAACAGCGGCAAAUUUGCCCUUCAAUUUUCUCGUCUCGCGGGCUUCGGGAAGAUUAUCACAACUGCAAAAAUCCGUGACAAUGGGAGACAAUCACUCCGUGACUUGGGUGCUACUCAUGUUAUAGAUCGAGAGGCAGCAGAUGUGGAAGAGCAGAUCCGUGCGAUCGUUGGGGAUGAAUUACUCUAUGCUUUCGACACGGUUAAUGGUUCUUACUCUGGCGGUGUUAGCCAUCAGCUAGCGCUUUCGCUUCUUUCUACCACGAAGAAGGGGUCUCUGGCAACUUUGGUUCGUGCCGAAUCUGAUCCUGUAAUUGCAGCUUCCAAAAAAGCUGGCUUCAGAAAGAACCAAGUUCUUGGUGUCAGUGAUCUACACCAAGAGCUAGCUAUUAUGUUUUGGGAGAUGAUACCAGGUUGGAUCGAGAAAGGCGAGCUCAAGCCUCUGGGUUUUAGCGUAAUCGAAGGGCUUGACGUUGUGAAGGUCAACAGCUUGUUGGAUGACUACCGUGAUGGUAGAGCGACUACAAAAACUCAUGUACAUCCCAAUCAUCGGGAUUCAAUCUUGUAG